AGAGUGGUGGUGGUGGAGAAGGAGCCGAGAGGGGGAGGAAGAGGGACAGGGACGAGAUCAGGGUUUAUUCAGAUGGUUGGUGAAGGUUGGAAAUGGGAUGAGGGGUGGGGUUUAGGGGAGGGUUCGGGCGUCUUCUCCUAAACUCCCUCCCUCCAUUCUCUCUUUUCGGCUUUGGAGUUUCUGCGCCAAUUGGGGGGAAAUUUGGUUUAAGAUCGCUGUCAUUGGACAUGGUGGGCUGCCUAAGCACUUGAGCUGUUUGUCGGAUGUCCAUUUGGAGUGGGGAGGAACUUGCUGUUUUUGCUGUUGACCUGUGAAAUCAUAUAUACUUUGUUCCAACCUUUUUAGGAUAUUCCUUGGGUUGCUUUCAACAUUCCAAUUGAAACUUGGGGCGAAUCUCCUUUGGCAUUGAGAAUAGAAAAUUUUCUUCUUCAAAGUAGAGGUAUCCUGUUGAAUAAACUGUCAAUUCAAGGAUCAUCUUUUGGAUGUGGUAUAUUCUGCUUUGUUGUGGAAAUCUCCUUUGGCAAGGAAGUAAUUUGUGAAAGCGAUUUCCUUACUGGGAAACCUCCUUUGGCUACUUGGUUUUUUUCAUCUUCUGGGGCAUAUCUCCUUUGGCAUUUCUAAUAAUAAUCCCUCUGCGGGGCAGAUCUCCUUUGGCAUAUCUAUAAUAAUGGUUGUAGUUUGCGUUUAGGGCAAAUCUUCUUUGGCAGCUACAGAGACUUUUCCAGAUUAACUCUGGUUCUGUUAUCUGGGCAAUUCUCCUUUGGCAUUAAGUUUCAGGGUUUUGUGCGCAAGUUAUCUUAUUGGAAGUAUCAACCCAGUGGUUGUACAUUGUGAUCAGAUUGGUGGUCUUAUAUCCCAUCGAUUCAUAUAUUUUGAAAACAACCUGACCGUGGUGGUGUAUAUUCCAUAAUACUUUCUUUCUUUUACAGCAAGGAUAAUCAGGAGUAGAAAACAACCUUGAUUUCUAAGCUGUACACACCCAGUCCAUUGUGGUUCCUACCAGAACAUUUUAGUAUGGAUGUGUUUGUUAGUGACUUGGAUAGUGCGAGCUACAGUGAAGACACUGAUAGUGAGGAUCAAGAUGACCGUGAAUCUUCAUAUUCUGGCCAUGCACAGAACAUCUUGUCAAGUCUGGAUGAUAGCAUUGGAAAAAUUGACAAUUUUCUUGCAUUUGAAAGAGGAUUUGUACAUGGUGAUAUUGUAUGCUCCAUCUCAGAUCCAUCAGGGCUGUUAGGCCGGAUUUUGGAUGUUGAUAUGAUUGUAGACUUGGAAACAAGUUCUGGUGAGCUAAUAAAAGGCAUUAACAGCAAGAAACUGCUAAAGAUUCAGACCUUUGCAAUUGGAGAUUAUGUUGUCCACGGCCCUUGGCUCGGAAGGAUUACAAAAUUAUUUGAUAGGGUCACAAUUCUGUAUAGUGAUGGGUCAAAGUGUGAAGUAAUGACUGGAGGCAGAGAAGUUCUAACACCUGUUUCUCCUAGCUUACAUGAAGAUGCACCAUUUCCAUACUAUGCUGGUCAGCAUGUUCGUAUUAAGCUUCCUGUGAUGUCUAAACCUUCGAGAUGGUUGUGUGGCCCAUGGAAGGAGACUCAAAAUGAAGGUAUUAUUUGCAACGUAGAAGUAGGAUUGGUGCAUGUGAAUUGGAUUGCAUCUGUCAUGACAGGCAGUGAUUCCCUCCCUUCCAUGCCUCAUCAUCUUCAAAAUCCACAAGUUCUCACAUCAUUAUCCUGUUUUCCUUACGCUAACUGGCAAAUUGGAGAUUGGUGUAUGCUUCCACAUGAUGACUUUGAUAAUCAGAAAAGGGUGCUUCAAGAAUCGACUUAUUGUGAUGGCCCUCAAUAUGUUUCUAAAAUGCAGAGUAAUUUGGGAAUGAAUAGGCAAGACUUAAGACAGAUGCUAGUUAUUGCAAGAACAAGGACCAAGGUUGAUGUCCUCUGGCAAAGUGGAGAUCUGUCAGUUGGCUUAGAUCCACAGACACUUCAUCCUGUAAAUAAUGUUGGUGAUCAUGACUUUUGGCCUGAACAGUUUGUGUUGGAGAAGGUUACAUCAGACGAUGUGGUGCUUCCAGGUAGCCAACGUGUUGGGAUUGUGAAAAGUGUGGAUGCACAAGAGCGAACUGUGAAAGUGAAAUGGAUGGUUCCUGACCUUAAUCUAAAUGAAAAUAUUAUGGCAGAACCAGAUGAGGAAACGGUAAGUGUUUAUGAAUUGAUUGAGCAUCCAGACUUCUCUUAUUGUAUUGGUGAUGUUAUAUUUAAGUUGCCUCCCCAUUUUGAGAGUUCUGCAAAGAGUUUUCCUGAUAGUCAACCUGAUGGGCCAAGGCAACUGCAUCCUUUGCAUGGGAAAGCUAGAAUCAGUAGUUCACCUCUUUCAGGAAAGGACCUUCAUGAUACAUCAGUUGGUUGUUAUGAUGAGAAUGCUACAGCCUAUCUGUCAUGUAUAGGGAAUGUUAUUGGUUUUAAGACAGAAGGUGUAGAAGUGAGAUGGGCUAGUGGUCUCACAUCCAAGGUCCAUCCUUCAGAGAUUUAUGGUUUAGAUAGGCUUGACGAUCCACCCACAGCACCAACAGAUAAUGUGGAAGUGAUUUCUGAAAAUAUCAGUGAACAAAUGGUGGAGCAGGAAACACUAUCCUGGCGGAAGAAAGAUAAGGUCAAAGAAAUCUCUCUACAAGAUGAUGCUUGGGAUUCUGGGGCUCUUUUGUUUCCUCGUGCAGCGAUUUGUUUCCUUACAAAUGUUGCAAAAAGCCUGUUUAGUUCCCGUGGCUCCACUUCUCUUCCUGGCACAUGGCAUGAAUUGUCAACUGAAGAACCUCAACCGGAUGUGGGUGACCUGUCAAUGGCAAAUUUGAACCCGUCAAUACAAGCAAAAAUUGAACAGAAAGAAUGCCCACCCGUUUUACCAGGCAAUGAUAAAGCAGGAGGCUUUGAGAAAUUCGUUGUUGUUGAUGACUAUUCUGAUCAUCAUUUUGUGAUGAGCAAUGAUAAAAGAUUAGCAAUAUCCCAGGUAAAAAGUGGUUGGCUGAAGAAACUACAUCAAGAGUGGAGCAUCUUGGAGAGCAAUUUACCUGAUAGUAUAUAUGUUCGAGUUUAUGAGGACAGGGUUGAUCUCUUGAGAGCAGCCAUCAUUGGAGCACCUGGAACCCCUUACCAUGAUGGCCUCUUCUUCUUUGAUAUUUGCCUUCCUUCUGAUUAUCCUCAUGAACCACCUCUGGUUCACUAUAACUCUGGUGGUCUCCGACUGAAUCCGAACCUAUAUGAAUCGGGCAAGGUUUGCCUCAGCCUUCUCAACACAUGGACCGGCACUGGGACUGAAGCAUGGAAUCCAGAAAGCUCCACCAUUCUACAAGUGCUUUUGUCACUUCAGGCUCUUGUUCUGAAUGACAAACCAUAUUUUAACGAGGCUGGUUACGACAAACAGGUCGGGAAAAUCGAGGGCGAGAAGAACUCCAUCACCUACAACGAGAAUGCCUUCCUUCUCUCGCUUAAAUCAAUGCUAUACGUCUUAAACAACCCACCUAAGCAUUUCGAGUCACUUGUAUCGGAGCAUUUUGCCUGUCGAUCACAUUCUAUCCUGCAUGCCUGCAAAGCUUACAUGGACGGUGCGCAAAUUGGUUCUGAUUUUAACACUGAGAAGCCUGUAGGUGAAAUUCUCAAGGGCUCUUCUACUGGUUUUAAGCUCAUGCUUGCAAAGCUUUUCCCGAAGCUCGUGUCAGGCUUCACUGAUAAAGGCAUUGAUUGUGGACACUUCCUGAACCAAGUGAAGGGAGUCUCUGAUGCUAGCAAAAGUUCUUGCUCGAUGUAAUUGACCGAAAAAAAGGUCGUAAACACUCUAGUUCUUGCUUGUCGUGAAUAAUGGCUUUCUUUAUCAGUUGUAAAACCUUCAAACUGAUAUGCAUGAAAGUCUUGCUUGGUUUGUGCUUGUAAAAUUAAAAUUGUUACUGUAUUAUUCCCUCUGUAAAUAUUUUGGGUUGUGGUUGUGUGCCAUCGGAAUUAUGUUGUGGUUAUGAAUUGUGUGGUUACAUAAAGCUGUAAUAAAAUUUCUUGUUUUAUU